ACACCGUCCGGAACGGGUCGUCGUCGCGUUUGAUCGUCGCGAAAGCAUUCAAAUUCAAAAUUGUGCAACUGGUGCGUGCAUUCUGAAGAUCAUAAUCUACCGACUCUCGCAUUGCUGACUGCCGUGCUCUAUAGUUUUCCGCUCCGGUUGGUUUGGCGGUUCUUGUUCCGAGGGUGCGAUGGCUUUAACUCGAUUGCGGCCGUCCGAACCGUUCGUGUUUUCGGAAAACAGCUCAAUGCAGGAGAAAUAAGUCAAGUGCGAAAUAUAUCAAUUCAGUGUCUGUAAAAGCUAAUAAAUCAAUAGCAGAAAUUGAUUAAAAUAAAUUGGAGAAAGGAAAGUGGAUUGGUUUUCGUUGGCGGGCGUGUUGUAAGUUCGUUGGAAGAAACCCUACGAAAGAGGAUUAAUCGACUUUGGUCGGUGGAAUGCCCAGAGCCCACGGUGCACGGGUGUGGUGGCGCCAAUUGGAGUGACAUUUCAGCUUCGAUUCGAUUCGAAACUGAGGUGGAAUUGAAGGCGAAGCGACGAGAAUAAUUGUGUCUCCAGAAGGGAUAGCGGAAUCGACAACAACAACAACAACAACAAAGGACCAUGGGGAAACCGAACGAUUCCCACAUCAUUUCCAUCGUCAACAACAACAACGGCAAUAUUAGUGGUAAUUGCCUCCGACAGCAGUCGUUAGCGGUUACGAGCUUCGGUAGACCGUUUAGCAGCGCAAGAUCCCAGUCCAGUGAUAGAAUUGGUGGUGUUAAAAACGCCAACGCUAGUAGUGGGGGUGGGGACAAUAAUAAUUUCAUCGUCAACAACAACAACAACAGCAGCAACCAUACAUCUAGUAGAAGUGCAAGUGACAGCAGUGAUAGUUGCGGCAGUAGGGCAAAAAGAAAUACUCUAGGAUUUGCGAGCAGUUGCUACAAAUCCAGUUGCAAAGAAAAGACGCGAGGCGGUGAUUGUGGUGGCGGAAAGACCGCAGGGUCCUCAGCGACAACGACGGGAUCUUCGUCUUCUUCGUCAACGUCGUUCUUUGCCGGCACUGUCGCAGCGACGGAUCAGGUCCUAUUCAAACUAGUCCAACGGUUGGCAUCGCUGAGGAGCAAUUCCAGCGCCGCCACUCCAGGCAAAGCGAAAAACUCCUCCAAGGGCAAGAAGAAACAGAAGCAGACCCAGCAGUGUAGUGGCAGUAGUGAAACCGAAACUGCCAAACGCCGCCCGUCCGGAAGUGAAGUACCGGACAAGAAGCCUCGUUGUGAAGAUCCGGUCCGUGAAGACCGCCGCCGUCCAUUCCAUCGGAACUUGUACGACAGCUGCUACGACGGCAAUGGUGGUAACGUUGGCGAUAGUAACGAAGCCAUUGUAGAAGCAGCACCGAAAAGUGGCAAUUAUCAUGCUCAAAUUGCACCACACCGGAAGUUCUGCCGGGACGAAGACGAAGAGUGCCGUGAUUUUGACGUCGUCGUCGUCGUCGGUGGUGGUGGAGCCAAUCCAGUUAGCAUUGAGAAAAUUGAUUGCAUAAGCUACGGCGCAAGUGAGUUGAUUUUGCCAUCGCCAUUGUUGGUCGAGAGGCAGGGUGUGGGAAGUGAUAGUGAUCUAGUGCUUUGUGAGCCGGGUGGGUGUGACGAGAUACUGCUCGUUGAGCAGCCACAACAUCAGAAGCAUGAUGGUAAUAAUAAUGGUAUUGUGAACUCUGCUGCGCUGAUUGACCAGCACCUAACGACGGAAGCAACCAUGGGAGCCAACGUAUCGCGGCAUCACGAGAAAGGACUAACCGGUCGGCGGGCCCAAUCAACUGAUAACCUCAAAUCGGACCAAACCCAGUCUUACCCCCAGUAUCAGUACGUCAGUGGUGGAAAUAACAACAACAAUAACGGCAGCAAGAAUCACAUUGUAAAAUCGGUUCCUCCCGAUUUGACGCCAGGGAACGAAUUCAUAGGCGGUGGAAACGUGUGUAAUGGGUCGGACGAUUGUCAGUAUCAGGACGGGUCGUGUCCGAACGAAAACGGGAUCAAUCCGAACGAUAGGAACAAAUUUUGCGGCAGUCUGCCGAACCACCUGGACGCAAACGACGCCUGCGAAGCCAUCUUCAAGCAGAACGAGUUUCUUCAAACGCACCUGAAAAACGUCCUGGCGAGCCAUCAACAACAACAGCCGGAGUAUGUGACCGUCAGCGGUCUUGGUGAUGGUGCGGUGGCCAAUGACGGUGGUGGCGAUGGAGGAACAACAAAUAUGAACCACCAACCGUCGUCAUUAGUGUCAUCACAGCAGCAACAACAUCAACAACAAACGGUGCCCACAUAUCAACAGAGCUCCCCCUUCUACUCGAGCAGCAGUGGGAAAGGAUCCACCAUUUCCUCGACCGCACUUGGGAGCAGCACUUUCCGGUCCGGUGGCUGCAGUGGAGACCAUCGUCCGGACAUUCAGUUGAAGUUGCCACUCCACCGGACCGCAGUGGACACCGGCUGUGACCAGGGCUACGGGAGCGAGCGGUCCCCGGAGGACGAAAUACCCCCGCCGCUGCUGCUGAUGCACGAGGCCCAGUACAAUGAGAUUCUGGCCACGUCAGGGCUGAACCAGCAGCCCCCGACCAGUGUCAUCGAGCCCAAUGAUUUGCAGCGCUUCUGGAACUACGAGAAGGCUGCGGCCAGCUUGAUCGCCAGCGGGGAGUACAGCUUCAUCACCAAAGAUACCGUCUUCCUGGUCCAAGUGCCGAAGGGGACCCGUGGGCUGGGUCUGUCCGUGUCUGGAGGUUCAGACUCCUCCGCCCCAUUCCCGGGGUUGAUACGCAUCAAAAGACUGUUUCCCCACCAGGCAGCGUGGGCCACCGGGAUGCUUCAACCGGGCGAUAUACUGCUGGAAGCCAACGGAAUACCACUGACCGGAUUGACCAACUACGAAGCCUUGGAAGUGCUUCGGACCGCACCGAACUACGUCAGCCUGACGGUAUGCCGUCCGCAGGAUGAACAGUACCGUAAGCUAUCCCCGCCGAGUGAACCCCCAAAGCCUCCGCUGCGGAAUGCCUUAUCCAGUGAACCCCAGUCGCAGGUACAAUCGCCGCAGCUUUCCGGCAUUAUUGGCGGCGGCGGCGGUGGUGGUGGUGGUCAUCUGAUGCAAUUUCAGCAUAUGCAGUACAACCAACAGCAGCAACAGAUGGUGCCAUUUUACUAUCAGCAACAGCAACAGCAGCAGCAGCAAUAUAUUUAUCCACCGCAAACACUGGCUUUCACUCCGCUGGAGUCGUUUCAGGGCAGCUUCAAUGGGGAAUUCGAAAUCAUCCUCACCAAGCAGCAGGGUUCGCUGGGGUUCACCCUUCGCAAGGAGGACGAAUCCAUCCUGGGGCACUGCGUCCGCGCUCUGGUGCGGGACCCGGCCCUGAAUGACGGUCGCAUCAAACCGGGCGACAAAAUUAUGGCCGUCAACGAUGUUCCUAUCUCGCAGAUGACCCACGAAGAGGCUGUGAUAUUCCUCCGACAGGCGGCCGAAGUAGUCAAGCUGCGACUAUAUCGGGACCAAGCCCAGACCCCGCUUUCGGCCCAGUCACCCACGCUUGGGGAACGCCGAAUGGACGGAGAGAAUAUGCUGACCAAAUCGGACUCCACAUCAACGGUCGGUGGAACGGGGAAACCGAAACCGAAUCUAAGACCCGAAGCCCUGAACCUUCUGACGGACAUUGCCUAUCGAAAGCAAUCGAUAGCGACGAACAAUUCGGGUGGAGGCAGUGGAUCGACGAGCUCGUCGGUUAAGUCGAGUAACGCGUCGCCACGAAGACUACGAAGGGGAUUGCCCCAGCAACAACAGCGAACCUACGACAAUCACGGCUAUCAACAUUCCGGAGGUGAAACGUCCAACUAUUCGGAUUCGGAAACGUCAACGAUCGUCAGUCAGGGUGGUUCGAUGCAUCACCACCAACCGGUGGCACAGAUGGUUCCCGGAGGGUUGUUCCAUAAUGGCUCUUGCAGAUCUUGCGGUGGUGCGGGGAAUGUGAUGGUUCAGGAGAAUUUGGACGAGUCAUACUACUGUGAUGAUGAGAUCGAUAUCGAAAGUUUAUACGAAGACGAAGGGGAGCAGCAGAAGAGGCCUAACUUUCUGAAUCUGGCGGGUGAGAGCGGCAGUACUCCGAUGUCGUCGCGGAAGCCGAGGUUUCAGUUUUCCGUUGCCACUGCGAACGCCUACGAGCUGAACAACCUGGACAACGAAGCCCUGGACGCUCCGACGAUGUAUGCCCUCAACGGAGAUCCAGUGGGGACCAACGGGCCACCCCCCGGCAACGACCAAUUCAUAAGUCUUCCCUGCGAAACAUUCCUGGUGGCAUGCAAAACCGAAAACGACCUAAAUGCUGACUCGACCGAUGCCAUCUACGUGAAGCACUUUGCCCACAAAUCUCCGCUGUAUUCCUCGGUGAACGUUCCCAUGAAGGAUACCGGCAGCAACGUGAGUGAGGUGGUGGAUGCCGUGGAGAAAGGAGGCAAGAAGAGUCUCAUGAAGUGGAAAGGCGCCGUCCUGACGUCGGACGAGGACGAAACACCUAGCUUCGGGUACUCAGCGAGCCUGGACGAUGGAACUUCACCAUCCUUUUCCGGAACCAUAACCAGUGACACGCCGGAAUCUAGCCUGGCGGCCACCUUUGGAACCAGCACGACCACACCGACCACCGAGCGGGAGUUGGACUUCAACGGGUGUGGCAUCGACAGCGAUGGAAACAAGAUUUUCACUGUCGAACUGAACAAAGGAUGGAACAGCCGUUUGGGUUUCAGCUUGCAGCAGGAUCCGGAAACCAAUCGAACUGUGAUUAGCGCAAUCUACAGCGAAAGCGUAGCUGCUAAGGAUGGUAGACUGAGAGUCGGUGAUCAGCUGUUGAUGGUCAACGACGAAUCCGUGGAGGCGAUGUCCACGGCACAAAUUAUCAACCUUCUUCGGAUCAUUCGAGGAUCGAUUUGUCUUCGGUUGAUACGGCGAGCAAAUGAACGAUGCAGCAUUCCUGAAGAGCAAGAGAGUGAACCACAACCGGAGCCUGACCUACCUCCACCACCAGACGACCUAACUACACCGGAUAGUUCCAACGAACGCGAGGUGGUUCAGGAAACUCCCGAACAAUAGUAGAAAUGGUUCAGUAAGCCACACGUCUGCAACCAGCCCUCUCUAGUAAGUAAGAUGGAACUUUGUGCCGUCUUCAAUUGUAUAAGAUAAGUCCCGCCCGUUUCCAACGCCACCUGUCUGACUCUGUCUCAGGACAAGACUCUCUCUAGUUCAUGUCUUUUCUGGGGUGAAUGUUGUCGAAUUAGCCUCCAUCCGUGGAGAAUCGAGCGAACGAAAACAGUCGAGCUAAAACUGUGCAAUCAUUUGGUUAACAGGAAAUUUUCAAAUUAUACAUGAAAUUGCGUCAAGCUAAGAAAUAAAAUUGGAUGUCAUGUGAGUUGUAUAAACUAAGUACGCGUUAAGUCGAGAAUGUGAUUCCUUUUUUAUAAGAAAAAAAAAGUACAGUAAAAUUAUCAAACAAAACUAUGUUUUCCACUAAGUCAAAUUUUUGAAUAGAUUGUUUGCCGAAAGAAACGAGCUCUGUUAUUAAGUAACAGAACUAAGCAUGUUAAGACACGUUGGAAUUCCACAAGUUCUGUAACCGGAAAGUAGUGAACGUAAACAGAAUUAACACAAAAUAAGAUGCAUUUGUUGAUUAGAAAAGAAAUCUAAAUCGGUUUAAACUACAAUAGUAAUGCAAGAGAAGAGUUCCGAAAAGUUAGUGCGAUUUUACCAAACUAUACCAAAAAUUUAGAUAAAGCAAAUUGUUGUUAAGAAAACGAAUUGAACUUUGAAACGAGGUGAAAAUUUUAAUAGCGAAAAGUAACGUUAGUCAUUCAGUUUCACCUGAUUUUCGUACCAAAAAUGCAGAAAAUUGAAAACAUUUGUGAAUUGAAGGGGAGAUUAAUGAAAAAAAAAUCUAUCCUUUCUGCAAGGCAAGCCA